AUGCUGCCCCGAAUCCAAACGGCCGCCCUGGGCCUCUUGGCCGCUCUAACCGUUCCAGCCUCAAGCCACACGGUUGACGGCCGCUAUGGUUACGGCUUCAUCGGCUACGGCAUCUCCAUGUACGACCCAACUUGCGCACAUGCCUGCCGCGCUUGCAUCUCCAAUCCCCUUGAAUGUCCCAUGGACCACGCCUCGCACACAGGCGACGCCGAAUCCUCGCACAUGUCCAUGGGCCCUUCGGCCGAGUGCUAUGCCACGAACGAGCACUUCCUUCACUCCAUGGCAUACUGCAUGUAUCAACGUUGCGAGGGAGUUCUGGCGUCCGACCUUGAAAAUUAUUGGGAGCUCAAUCUUCCCGGUCGGGGAAGGGUGCAGCCGCUUCCUAGGCUGUCUUACCAGGAGGCCCUGGCAGAAGUCAAGCAGCCACCGACUGAGGUCGUGCCGUCUGAUGUGCUGCUAAAUACUACUACGGCUGUUGAGGAUGACGCUUACUGGAGUCAGUAUCACACUUUGACCGUGUUUGAAGACAUCGAGAAGGGGCACUCGCGAUUCGGCCUUGUCAUCUUCAUUACUUGCGUCGUAAUCCCCAUCGGCUUCUCCUUCUUCCGCUUCAUCCCCUUCCCCAAAUCCUGGGUCAGCACCUUCUACGCCUACGUGAUCGAUCCCCCAGCCUUCGGAACCCGCCACGCCGUUCCCGCCUUCGGUCUCGCCAUCGUCCCCACUCGCGGCCAAGCCCUCUUCAUCUUCUACAUCAUCGCCGUGAACGUCAUCUUCUCCGCCGUCGGCUACCGCGCUAACGGAGACAACACCUGGUUCGCCAGCUCUAAGGCCCAGAUACGAGCAUAUAUCUCCAACCGCGUGGGUGUUCUCAGCUUCGCGAACCUGGCCCUCGCCAUUCUCUACGGCAGCCGGAACAAUGUCCUGCUUAGGUUGACCAACUGGUCGCAUGUGACUUUCCUCCUUGUUCAUCGUUGGAUAGGAUUCUUGUGUAUGUUGCAGGCUGUACUUCACUCCGCCAUCUACUUGCAAGAGUUCCUGGAGGAAGGCACCCACGCUGAGGAAAGUAAGCUUCCGUACUGGUAUACCGGUAUCGUCGCUACACUCGCCCUCAGCAUCAUUAUUCCUCUGUCCAUUCUUCCCAUCCGGCGCAAGUUCUACGAGCUUUUCCUAUCGAGCCACGUUCUUCUCUCCGCCAUAAGCAUCAUCGGAUGCUGGUACCACAUCAUCUACCGAUACGGUCACCAGUGGGGCUACGAGACAUGGAUCUACAUGGCCAUAGCUAUCAUGUCCUUCGACUACGUUGCCAGGAUCAUCCGAGUUCUUCGAUACGGCGUCAAGAAAGCCUACGUCACCGCCGUCGAUUCCGAGUACUACCGCAUCGAUAUCCCCGGCGUCGACAGCCGCGGCCACAUCUACAUGUACUUCCCCACACUGACAUGGCGUGUCUGGGAGAAUCAUCCGUUUUCCGUAGCAGGUGCCAUGAGUCACUCCCUGGAUGGCGACGAAUCGUCUGACCCCCAGGAGAAGGGCCUGCCUACUAGCGGAAGUGAUGUCGAGAAAGACACGACCGCCUCCAAAGUCCCAUCUUCUUCGUCCAUCGCCCCUGCGAGUCAAUCCCGGCCAGGAAUCACACUGUACAUGCGCAUCCAAGAUGGCGCCACGGCAUCUCUCGCAGCUCGCGCGGGUAAGAGUCCCAUUCCCGUCCUGGUCGAAGGUUCCUACGGCGUCGAGUCACGAAAUCUCUUCCCGCACAACCAGGUCCGCGCGGACGCAUCCUACCCCCAUAUCGUAUGCAUCGCCGGCGGCGUUGGUGUCACAGCCGUUCUACCCAUCCUUGAGGAUGCCCAAUCGCUCGGCAAGCCUAUUGGUGACGUCAAGUUAUACUGGGGAUCCAGGAGCCAAGCCCUCGUCGACGCCGUCUCUUCCUCCAUAACAUCUCGCUCUGUUGGACCCGAUGGGGGAAUUCGCUGGGGUGUUGCCGAUGUGCAGCUCAGCAUCGGAGAGAGGAUGGAUGUGCGCUCGAUCCUCGAGGCGGAGAUUAAUGAGAGGAAAGUUGGUGGCACGACGGUCGUGGUGUGUGGUCCUGCUGCUAUGGCCGAUGAGGUGAGAUGUACUGUGGCUGCUUUGGGUCGGCAUAGCGGUGUGGCUGUUCGUUUGGUGGAGGAGAGUUUUGACUGGUAA